CUUUUAAUAUCAAAGCCUGGUGGUUCCUAUGAUUCAAAUGGGCAAAUUGAUAAUACCAAAAGCAUAAUGGAAGACUUUGUAUCACAAUUUGAUAUUGCCCAAAAUAUAGUUAAUAUAAUGAACAAAUUGACUCAAUUAGGACAUUUUGGAUAUCGAAAAUAUAAUGAAUCAGUCAAAGGCACAAAUAGAUUAAGGCUGAUAUCAGAAAAACUAAAAAAGGAAUUGGAACUUUGGGAAAAUAUUGUAGACAGAGCGCAAGAAAAUUGUUACUAUUUAACUUUUUAUCCAGCAAAACACAUAUUAGCAUUUUAUGAUUUCUACACGAAAGAAAAACAACCUCAUAUAUCAGAGAUUUGCCAAACGCUC